GAGGCAAACCCAUUUGGAUUCUCGUAUUGAAUUGUUUGAAGCAACAAUCUCCCAGAGGAGUAAGGCGGGAAUCUCAAAUUUCCCAUUGGCGGUCUGAAAUCCAAAUGCGGUCUGGGAGAAGACCCCAAGGAAGAAGAAUAGCGUCAAGGAACGAAACAGAGACGGAAUUGAGAUCGAGAAUCGGGAGGAAAUCGGGAUCGGAGAAGCGGAAUCUGAUCGGAUCUGAUGUUGGGAGGAUGCAGCUUCACAUAUCGCCGAGCAUGAGAAGCAUCACGAUUUCGAGCAGCAAUGAGUUUAUUGACUUGAUGAAGAUCAAGGUCGCAGCUCGUCACAUCUCUUACCGAACUCUCUUCCACACCAUCUUAAUCCUCGCUUUCUUGUUGCCUUUUGUCUUCAUCCUCACCGCUCUUGUUACCCUCGAAGGUGUCAACAAAUGCUCCUCCAUUGAUUGUUUAGGGAGGCGGAUAGGUCCACGUCUUCUUGGUAGGGUAGAUGAUUCAGAGAGACUAGCUAGAGACUUUUAUAAAAUUCUAAACGAAGUAAGCACUCAAGAAAUUCCAGAUGGUUUGAAGCUUCCAAAUUCUUUUAGUCAACUUGUUUCAGAUAUGAAGAAUAACCACUAUGAUGCAAAAACAUUUGCUCUUGUGCUGCGAGCCAUGAUAGAUAAGUUUGAACGGGAUAUGAGGGAAUCGAAAUUUGCAGAACUUAUGAACAAGCACUUUGCAGCAAGUUCCAUUCCCAAAGGCAUUCAUUGUCUCUCUCUAAGGCUGACAGAUGAAUAUUCCUCGAAUGCUCAUGCUCGUAGACAGCUUCCUUCGCCAGAGUUUCUCCCUGUUCUUUCAGAUAAUGCUUACCACCAUUUUAUUCUGUCCACGGACAAUAUUUUGGCUGCCUCAGUUGUGGUCUCAUCCGCUGUUCAGUCAUCUUCAAAACCCGAGAAAAUUGUUUUUCACAUCAUCACAGACAAGAAAACAUAUGCGGGUAUGCAUUCAUGGUUUGCGCUUAAUUCUGUUGCACCAGCUAUUGUUGAGGUUAAAGGUGUUCAUCAGUUUGACUGGUUGACGAGAGAGAAUGUUCCUGUUUUGGAAGCUGUGGAAAGCCAUAAUGGUGUCAGGAACUAUUAUCAUGGGAAUCAUGUCGCUGGGGCAAACCUCACAGAAACAACCCCUCGAACAUUUGCUUCGAAAUUGCAGUCUAGAAGUCCAAAAUACAUAUCUUUGCUCAACCAUCUUAGAAUAUAUAUACCAGAGCUUUUCCCGAACUUGGACAAGGUGGUCUUUUUAGACGAUGAUAUAGUUGUCCAGGGAGACUUAACUCCACUUUGGGAUGUUGACCUUGGUGGUAAGGUCAAUGGAGCAGUAGAGACUUGCAGGGGUGAAGAUGAAUGGGUGAUGUCAAAGCGUUUAAGGAACUACUUCAAUUUCUCUCAUCCGCUCAUUGCAAAGCAUUUAGAUCCUGAAGAAUGUGCUUGGGCAUAUGGUAUGAAUGUCUUCGAUCUACAAGCUUGGAGGAAGACAAAUAUCAGAGAAACGUAUCACUCUUGGCUUAGAGAGAAUCUAAAGUCGAAUCUGACAAUGUGGAAGCUUGGAACCUUGCCUCCUGCUCUAAUAGCGUUCAAGGGUCACGUCCACAUAAUAGACUCGUCAUGGCAUAUGCUUGGAUUAGGGUAUCAGAGCAAGACCAACAUAGAAAAUGUGAAGAAAGCAGCAGUGAUCCACUACAAUGGGCAAUCAAAGCCAUGGCUGGAGAUUGGUUUCGAGCAUCUGAGGCCAUUCUGGACAAAAUACGUCAACUACUCAAAUGAUUUCAUCAAGAACUGUCACAUAUUGGAGUAGGAAACUAGAAGAUAGGAUCAAUUAAACGAGGUUUCAAUAU